CCAGAGUCUCCGCCCCCCACAUCCAAGCGUCGGCCCGCCGCGCCGCGAUGGCCGCGCUGUCGUCGUUGGGCCGUUCGGUGCCGCUGGUGGUGAUCCUCGGCGCUACCGGCACUGGCAAGUCGAGGCUGGCGCUGGAAUUAGGCCGGAGGCUUCGCGGGGAGAUUGUCAGCGCUGAUUCCAUGCAGGUUUACAAAGGUCUGGACAUCAUCACAAACAAGGUGACAGCCGAGGAGCAGCGGCUCUGCACUCAUCACAUGAUCAGCUUCCUCGACCCACUGGUCUCUUCCUAUUCGGUGGUGGAUUUCAGGAAUAAGGCACUGUCCAUAAUUGAAGAUAUCAUGAACAGAGAAAAGAUCCCGAUUAUAGUUGGAGGAACCAAUUACUACAUUGAAUCGCUGCUGUGGAAAGUGCUCGUGGACACAAAGGAAGGGACUGUUUGCUCUGCUGCAGAUGGAGGCUUUGUGACUUCAUCAACCACAAGGAAAGAAGAACUAGAAAAACUUGACUUCCAAGAGCUGUACACACGACUGGUUGAAGUGGAUCCUGAAAUGGCCGAAAAGUUACACCCACACGAUAAAAGGAAAGUGGCAAGGAGCCUGCAGAUCUAUGAGGAGACUGGAAUUCCCCACAGCAAGCUCCUUCUGCAACAGCGGGAAGAAGAGGGUGGAGGUCCCCUCGGUGGUGCUUUGCGGUUCCCACAGCCCUGUAUUUUUUGGUUACAUGCUGACCUUUCAGUUCUGGAUGAGCGCUUGAACCACCGAGUUGACGAGAUGCUUGCUGCUGGUCUUCUGGAAGAACUGAAUAGUUUUCAUAAACAAUACAACCAACAGAAAAUAGCCAAGAACAGCCAGGACUAUCAGCAUGGCAUUUUCCAAUCGAUUGGGUUCAAAGAAUUCCAUGAAUAUCUGAUCUCGGAAAAUAGCUCCAGUGAAAUAAGAGAAAAGCUACUGACCCAAGGAAUCACAGCAUUGAAACAAGUCACAAAGCGUUAUGCCAGAAAACAAAACAAGUGGGUCCGGAAUCGCUUCCUGAAGAGGCCAGGGGUGAACGUUCCAUCAGUGUAUGGCCUGGAUGUGACUGUUGUCAGUCAGUGGGAGGAGAUGGUGUUGCAACCUGCACUCCAGAUCAUUGAGAGCUUCUUAAAGGGAGAGACGCCUGUAGCACUGCCGCUAACCAUGGCUCAGGACCAGAAUGAUGGGAAGAGGAAUCGUCGAGUCUGCGAAUUGUGUGACAAAAUCAUCCUUGGUGAUCAGGAAUGGAAGGCUCACCUGAAAUCCAAGAAUCAUCAGUGCUACUUGAAGAGGAAGAGGAGGGCAGAGGCACAAUUAAACACACAUACUUACUCUGACUCUGAAAACACUGCAUAAGAAGUGUAGAGGUUGUUUCCAAUCUGCAGUUGAAUCGCAAGAACUUGUCCAGGGUGUGAAUCAAUCGGUGUGAAAGGUGUGGACAGUAUCCAGCCUGAACCUCUUGCCUUUUAGAGACUGAAUGCAGAAUGACUCCGGUAUCAAAGGAUUUACAGUGCGGUCAUUCCUCUGUCUGUACUUAUAAUCAACACCAAAUUUGGUGUUGAUAUUCUGGGUUGUAAUUCCUGAAGCUUCCUGGUGGAUCAAAUUUUAGGUAAAUACUGCACAAACUUCUUUUGAAAGUUGGAGAUAAUUGAUACUGGCUUGAUAUAUUCCUGGAGAUUUUCUAACAUCUCCCAUCUCCAGCCUUGCCAUUCACUCGAAACACUUUCUCACCACUCUACUAUUAUUUUAACUUGCAACAGUGUUGAAGAAAAGUUAAAAGAUGCAUUUUAUUCGAGGAGCUUAGCAGGUCCAGAAGGUGAAUCAUUCAUUUUGAAGAGUGACUAACCAUAACUUGAAACUAAUCAGCAGUAACUGAUCAAAUAUGAUAGAAGGAACAGAUAUUUGGAAUUGUGGUAUGCUCAGGACUUCCUUCCACAUGCCUGUACCGAUGAACUGUGUGAAUAAUGGCCAGUUAUUAAUAUGAAAAAUAAUGCACAUUGACUAAAGCUGAGUUCUCUCAUUUUAUUAUCAUUUUGUGUCUAACCUGAAAAGAAGAUGAAGGUAACAAGGACUGAUAAUGGAAAUACUGAAUUACUCUGAGCAAUGCAUCAUCUAUUGGAUUCAAGUGGAGAGUGAUGCCUGUAACAGGGAAUAGAUUGUCAGAUUGCACGAACAUCAACUGAAUUCUAUAAAUGGGACCAAGCGUACAGUCCAAGUUGAGGAAAUUAUUUCUAUGGAAUAUUUUUGUUCUAAUGCUCCAUUUCUGUUCUGCAUGUGCUGAACUUUUAACAUUUCUUUUUUAAAAAAAAAGAUCCCACUAAGUUUAAGAAAUUCCCAUUAAUGAAGAGGGCUGUCAGGUACACCCAAACAGCUCCAGAAUCACAAGGUUUUCAUACAAAUUUUAAAUUGCCUCCUUCUUAAUUAGUGUACCUUGGAACUCAAGUCACAUAUCAUUCUGUAAAUGUGUACGAUACUUCCUCCAAAGUCAUUGCAUCUUUCCUUGGAUGUAAUGACUAAUAUAUUCAUGGUACUCUUUGUGUUGUCUUACCAAAGCUGUUAUAAUCUGUCUAUAAAUUCUAACCAUUUGAAUUGUAGUUACAUUUUCUGCACUUGUUCUAAACAUUAUAUAUAUUUACAU